AUGGACGCCCUCAUCCAAAUGCUGCCGCCUUUCCUGCGCAAAAUCAGCACGCACCACGACUUUCCCGGGCAACGGCUGGCUGAAAGAGUCUUUCAGGUUAUCGUCGUUAUCUCUGGCAUAAUUGGAUUCAUCGUCGGCUACUACACCCAACAACUCUCGCACAGCGUCUACAUCGUUUUUAUCGGCAGCGCCAUAGCAUCGCUAGUCGUACUACCGCCCUGGCCUUGUUUUAGAAAGCAGCCGUUGCCAUGGCAAAAACCCAUCGACCACACCAAGGAGGAGACCAAGAAGGACAAA